AUGCUAUGUCUCUUUUUCUCUGCUUACAUUAUGACAGGAUACAGGGAUGAUAUUGCACUCUUCCCUCUUCUAUGCAAUGUCUCUUUUUUCUCUGCUUACAUUAUGACAGGAUACAGGGAUGAUAUUAAGCACACUCUUCCCUCUUCUAUGCGGGAUACAGGGAAUGAUACAGGGAUGAUAUUAAACACUCUUUCUCUCUUCUAUGCAAUGUCUCUUUUCUCUGUUUACAUUAUGACAGGAUACAGGGAUGAUAUUAAGCACACUCUUCCCCUCUUCUAUGCAAUGUCUCUUUUCUCUGCUUACAUUAUGACAGGAUACAGGGAUGAUAUUAAGCACCUCUUCCCUCUUCUAUGCAAUGAUACAGGGAUGAUAUUAAGCACACUCUUCCCCUCAUCUAUGCUAUGUCUCUUUUUCUCUGCUUACAUUAUGACAGGAUACACGGAUGAUAUUAAGCACACUCUUCCCUCUUCUAUGCCAUGUCUCUUUUUCUCUGCUUACAUUAUGACAGGAUACAAGGAUGAUAUUAAGCACACUCUUCCACUCUUCUAUGCUCUGUCUCUUUUUCUUUGCUUACAUUAUGACAGGAUACAGGGAUGA